AUGAACAAGGAAGGCGCCCGAGAAGAUAUAGAGGCGGGAUCCGGGGACCCUGAAGGUAUGGAUGGUAGACAAAAGAAAGUCAAGGCUGGGGAGGGGCAGGGAAGAAAAAAAGAUCUGGACCCUGAAAAGGCCUUGGAAAUAUCGAAGUCUUUGAAAAAGAGGAUGCAAGACAUUCUGAAGAAGGAUAAUGCAAACAAUCUUGAAGGCCGCCCGGCGACUGGGAAGAUAGAAAAUGUCGAGGAAAUAUCAGGCAUUCUGAUGAAUAAAGGAUUACAGGAAAGUUUGCUGGAUGAAGGAAUCCUGAAUGAGGUCAGAGGUUGGCUAGAGCCUCUUCCAGACAAGUCCAUGCCCAACAUUAAGGUCAAGAAAGGGCUUCUCGAUGUACUUAAAAGCAUGAGAAUCCACAAGGAACACCUUAUAGUCAGCGGAGUCGGAAAGAUUGUUUAUUUCUAUAGUAUAAAUCCAAAAGAAUCAAAGGAGAUAAGGUCUAUGGCAAAGACACUCGUCCAGAAAUGGACAAACGAGGUCUUCAAGCCAGAGAGCGACUGA